AUGGGGGGGGGGGGGGGGGUUUGGGGUGGGGGGUGGGUGGUUGGGGUGGGGGUGGUUUGGGGGGUGGGGGUGGGGGUGGGGGGGGGGAGGGGGGUGGGGGUCGGGUGGGGGGGGUGGGGGGGGUUUGUGGGGGGGGGUGGGGGGGUGGGUGCGGGGGGGGGGUGUGGGGUGUGGGGGUGGGGGGGGGGGAGUGGGGGGGUGUGGGGUUCUGACCUCCCACAUGAUGAUGCCAUGAAGCGGGCUCAUCCCCUCAACCCAUCUCCGCUCUGUGGGUCCCAACGGUCCGUCGACGAGGAACCCGAUCACGUUGCGCGCAGACCCCACCAUACAACGGGACCGCCCGCAACCACAGCCUACCCUCAACACUACAUUAGACACAUCGACCACGUUGACCCCGGACUCGGCCCACCGACGAACCAGGCGACGUACCACGUGACAGACCGCUCACGGGCCCACGGGGACCCCUCCGCCUAUGAGAGACAACCCCCGGCCGGACCCGUCGCAGCGCACAGACACGUUAAACACGAAACGCAUGGCCACCAGACCCAUACCCACGGACUGACCAUGGACCGCGACGAACAACGGCCGACAGCCCGCCAUUGGGACGGUCGAGACCCGCUCGGACCAUCCGACCGCGACUUCGACCGCAUAGCUAGACACAUAACCCGCUUUGACCCCCGGCCCGGCAUGCCUACAAACACCCGGUCAUACCUCCGCGUCGUCGACUUCCACGCCGACCGCAUACCACACGCGUCUCAAGAUGACAAAAUAUACUUGAUUAGACUCACGUCCAACGGAGAGGUGAAUGACUUCAUCGAAAGGCAACCAAGGGCUAUAAAACAUGACUACAACGAGCUCUGCAAAGCCAUCCUAGCAGAAUACUCAGACUACGGCGCCUCCGGGAACCUCACGGCGGCCAUGGCGGUCAAACAAGCUCACAACGAGUUCGCGGAAUGCUACUACCACAGGUUGCGACAGGCCUUCUUCGGUAACCGGAACUACGAAGGGAUGGAGGAAGACACAAAUUUCAGGGCCCUGUACCUCCAAAACCUCCACCCCAACCUUAGCCAACUACUGGGCGUGUACGCCUGCCCCCUUACGCAGGACAUACGACAACUGAAGACCCUAGUGGCACGGGCACAAGGCAAGCAUCUGCUCAAGACACAGGCUAAACCGCAAACCCAACCUUCGGUGUACAGUGUGGACAACCACAUGGAACUUGAAGGCGCACCAACGACCCCAAAACACAAAUGGGAACCAAACCACAGACCCCAAAGGAAUAACCAGAGACAAGCGGAAACAAAAAGCGUACAGCCACGCGACCAGAAACUCCCGCAAUACGGUGAGAGACGCGCCGGCCAAGCCGACGGGAAAGACCGAACGCCACAACGAUCCCGCCAAGACCGCACCGCUACUGCCAUAGAUAAAAGUAACCUCUCCAGAGAGGAACAGUCCCUCCUCCGAACGCUCCUGCGCAAGGCCAAAGAAAGGAGGACGGACAACGCCGACGUGUUCGCAGUGUCCGUGCCGGAUGAGGCAGAGGACGCACCCUACCGGGUAAACAACGACCUCAGCGAACAAGAGCUGGACGACGACUACUCUGACCCACACAUACUGGAGGAACUCCAGAACGAACUGGGCGAGGAAACCUGGGAGCCCCACCCCCAUGAUGAAGACGCCUACUGCGACCAAAGAGACGUCAUGGUGGUACAGGUAAGUUCGAUCACCGACCCGCGGGGGGAUGGACCCUCGACAAUCAGGUGCGAGCCACCAUUCCACCAGUUCAUUGGCGAUUUACAACAGAAGGGAGCCAACAGGAAACUCUACUUGUCCGUGACACUCGAGGACCAAUGGGAACACGAAGCGCUCAUUGACACAGCCGCCGACAUCAGCCUGAUUGCCGGCGACCUCUUCGGUAAGUUACAGUCACUGGCAAGAAAAUCCCACAGAGACCUAAAGACACAACUGUGUAACUUGGAAAUACGACCCUAUUCCCAAGUAAACACUACCAUACACAAAAUGGCGCUAAUACAACUCACGGUGGGCCCCAUGACGCUGGUCCACCCGGUCUACAUCUCCCCGUUCAACUCUAUCCCGCUCCUGCUGGGCCAGGACCUCCUGAACCACUUCGAGCCCCUGAUAGACUUCCAGCGCCUAAAGAUCUGGGCCCAGGUCCGGAAGCCAUUGCCCAUCCCACGCACACUGAGCGAAACCCACUGCUACCUCGUGGAGACGCCACCAACAGCCGAACGAAGGCCGACCAAGGCACUAGCCGAAACCGGUCGCCAGGACUUCCCGACAAGUACCGGCGCCAACUUCCUGUGCGCCUUCACGCCAUCCGCGCAUUCGGACUCACCCGGCAUAAACGCUGGUGUAAUCUUGGAAGGCGCAAACUUCCCAGUCGCCGCCCUCGCCUACUGGGCGGACAAAUCCGCGGUCAGUCAGGACGUGUUCCACACGCUGGCCCAAAACUCACCAAAACUACCAUUUGUGAGGAAGGCCUCGCGCUUCCCAAAGGACCACCGGUCCACGGACGUGCUCCCAGCUAUAGGAUUCUGCUCACUCGCUUUGCAGAUACAUGACAAGACGCUCAAGCAUACGUUCUCGGUCGUCAAAGGCUUGCCGCACCCGAUAGUCAUCGGCGGCGACGUCCUGACGCGCUUAGACACACAAAUAGACACGAUCAACAAUGUCCUCUGGUCGCUAACGACCGUGACGAAUAAAUCCGAGACCCCCCCGCUAGACAACCUAAAAUCGGGCCAGACCAUACCGGAGGUGUGCCAGGUGGCAGCGCAGAACCACCUCUCGCUGCCACCCAACACGUCCGCGCCACUAGGCUUGGUAGUCCUACCUGGCCAAAUGACCAGCAACUCCCAGGUUUUCUUCCAACCGUCCCACCUUUUCCUGACGCUGGGCUUACAAACGGAGGCGACCCCCCUCCUACGGCUGGAACGCCGCAGGGCGCACGUUAAGGUGCUGAAUACCACAGGGGACGCCAUCCUCAUACCGCGGGGCACCCCACUGGGCUGGCUGAUCGACACUACGUUCCACGAUUUCGACCUACGCCUCCCGGUGAUAGGGGACUGGCCAACAGGGCUGGACCGGGACCCCGACGCGCGGGCCCUGCUCCCCAAACCAUCAAGGUCGAUCUCACUCUUCACGGUACCCGGCCCCAAAUCCAGCGACGUGUAUAGAGUCGACCUGACUAACCAGUCGGAGAUGGUCCUACAAACCAUCUCAGUCAUAGACUCGGGGGUCGACACCUUCCCCACCCAAGUGGCUCACGAGCCAACGCAAGAACCCACCGCCUGCCCCUCCUUCGAGGAGGAGCUGGACAAAACCGUGGCGUUAGCGGAUGCCAUCAACACUGACGAAGAAAGAGCUAAACUCCGCCAGGUGCUGAUGAAAUACAAAUCCUCUUUCGCCACAGACGCAACGGACUGCGGUCUGACCAACAUUCACACAGUCCGCAUCCCGUCUAAACCCAACGCCCCGCCGACCUACGUCCGCCAAUACAAAAUUCCCUUGGCAUCGUGCACCUACUCUGCCCCUAUAUGGCCGGUGCUCAAGCCCAACGGCAAGUGGCGACUGACUGUCGACUACCGCCGCCUCAACUCGCAAAUUCCCCUGUCCAGAUGGCCAAUGACCCAACUGGGCCAGGACCUACCAAAAGUUAGGGACGCAAAGUUCUUCUCCACGCUCGAUAUCGCUUCAGGCUUCUGGACGAUACCGGUACACCCACAAGACCAACACAAAUUGGCCUUCAGCUUCGCCAACAAGCAGUACACUUUCACACGCUGCCCUUUUGGACUCUCGAACUCGCCAGCAGAGUUCAACAUCUUCCUAAACAAGGCCUGCCCGGAUGCAGCCAGCAGGGGCACCUUAAUCUACGUGGAUGACGUCCUCCUGAGGACCACCUCCAUCGAGGAACACCUGGUGGAAAUCGACCACGUCCUGGAUCAACUAACUUCGGCUGGGGCGAAAGUGUCGCUACGUAAAUGCCAAUGGUGCCGCACCAAGUUUGUGGAACACUACGCCGAAAUAGCAAAACCUCUGACGAACCUCCUAAAAAAGGACACCCCGUUCGUCUGGGAAGACAGCCAUGACGAGGCCAUGAAGGCCCUGCUCGACCGAUUGAGAAAAGCCCCGUGCCUGGUGUACCCGAACCCGAACAAACCAUUCUUCUUGGAAAUCGGGUUCUCCGAGCACAGCCUCAGCGCGGGCCUAUACCAAACUCACGACUCCGACAAAAGAAUCAUUGCCUACGCCAGCAAGACGAUGGCCGCGCCCGAGACGAAAUACUCGGACUGCGAAAAAUCCCUGCUGGCCACCGUCUGGGCGGUGAGACACUUCUCAAACUACAUUGGCAACCAAACAGUGGUCGUCAAUACGAACCACCAACCGGUGACAUUCCUCGCCAGCCAAAGGCUCAGAGACGGAAUCGUCACAAACGCUAGGGUAGCCACCUGGCUGAUGGCACUACAAAGUUUCGACCUCCAGGUGUCAUACGCACAAAAACACAGGUCGUACCUCGGGAUGGGACUGGCCGAAUGCCAAGACUGCAUCGUGGACACACCAGCCGGGACCAAGUUGGAUCUGCUACCCACCCCACUCGAGCCACAACAACACUGUUACUUCGACCAGAAUCUAUGUGAUGGCCUGCCAACUGCAUACGUGGACGGCUGCUCGUUCCACCACGAAACCAUCAAACGCGCCGGUGUCGGCAUCGUGUGGAAGGGCGACGAGCCCGCCGCCCCACAGAAAUUCCUCCUGGGGCCCCAAACUUCACAAUAUGCGGAAAUCGCCGCAAUACUAAUCUUGCUACAACACGCCGUGUCAUACGGAAUCAACACCAUGGUGAUCUGCACAGACUCUAACUACGCCCGACUCAGCUUCUCCUGCCACCUGCCUCUGUGGAAGAAAAAUGACUACGUCACCUCCAGCAAAAAGCCAGUCAAACACAAACAAUUGUUUAUGUCCUGCGAUAAGAUAGUCACGGAACGCAACAUGCAGAUCUACUGGAAAAAAGUCCGGGGCCACUCACGGGAGCCUGGCAUGGACAAAGAGCUGAACGACAUGGCCGACAGCCUGGCCAAACAAGGCGCCGUGGACGGCGCAGAAUGGCAUUUCCAGGAGCAAUUACCUGAGACACCCGCCCAGGAACGACCCGCCCCCGCAGUAUGUGCGGUCACGAGGGCUAACGCGCCUACAAAGCAGCCAACUCCGGACGUCACGCCCGCACACACGACCCCUGCCUUCGACAGGUCCGACCUGGUGUCCCUCCAAAAUGCGGACCCCACGCUGAAACGCCUCAUCGAUGCCACGAACGACCCGAACGGCCAUGACAUUACACCCGACAUGCUGUCGAAUCGACUGGGUGGGCCCCUUAACGAAGUCUACCCGAGGCAACAAAUACAUCCUCAUGGUCACCUGCGCAUUCACCAAAUGGGUCGAAGGCUUACCAGCCCCAAACGACACAGCGCAAACGACGGCCUGCCUACUGAUGAACCAUGUGUUCUCACGAUACGGACUACCGUGCCGAGUUAA